AUGGCCUGCCGCUUGCGUCUCUCGAUCCUGCCCGCUGCAUGGCUCGUCCUCUCCGUGAACGUCCUCGCCGCCGGCCAGAACGCCACCGCUGACGCCGUCGUCGGAUGGGUGGCUGGCCCCAGCGAGCGGGGCACACUCAAUCUCGUCUGGAGCUGCGUGAUUACCAUCUUUGCCUGCACCUGGACUGUGCUGCAUCUCAAUGUGCCGGGCCUGCACGAAGGCCCGUGGCGGAGGGGGCUGCGCAAGGCCAAGUGGAUGGCGAUCAACGUGCUCUUCCCGGAGUUCAUCCUCUCCAAGGCUGUCUGCGAUCUCCGGCAGGCCCUUUAUGACCUGUGCGAAUUUGACGAGAAGAUGUCGGUAUCGCCGCGGAUCCUGUGGACUAUGGAAUCUGAUCGGACGGCAACUGAGACCGGAACGCGAGUUGUCCUGGCCAACCGCCCAGCUGACGACUGGCAGACCACACAGCGUUGGACGCUGGCGCAUUCCUACUAUGCCCAGAUGGGCGGCCUUAUAUACGUGGGCCCAUCGAGCGACCGGGGCGAGCCGGCUUACUAUGUUGCUCGCCCAUCCUCCCUAAUUUGGCGAUUUAUGUGGACACCGGACCACCAUCCCCUUUACUACCUCGUCCUCAGCGAACAAGAUAUCCAGGACAGAAGCAAGGCGGACUGGCUCGUGAAGAGCAUUGCCCUAAUGCAGAUCACCUGGCUCGUCUUGAACGUAGCCGUCCGACGCAGCACGGGGCUGCCGGUCACACAGCUCGAGAUCGCCACCCUCUCCUUUGCCGUUAUGGCAAUCAUCACCUAUUUGGCUAACUGGUGGAAGCCAAAAGACGUCUCGCAACCGACCAUCUUGCCAGCUGUCUACGAGACUCUCGCGUUCUCCAUUCACGAGGGCGCCUUUGACCGAACGCAGCCGUUUACGCGCCGUCUCUGGUCACCAGCCCAGGCAGCAAUGGACGCGGCGUCCAUACCGGACCUUGAGCGGGUGCCCAAUGACGUGGUCUGGAUGGAGGGCGCCACCCCGCUGAUGUUGGUGCUGAUGGCCAUCUCGUCGCUAGUCUUUGGCGGACUGCACUGCUUGGCGUGGAGUUUUGAGUUUCCUACGCCGGCGGAGCGGAUCUGUUGGAGGGUGGCAAGCCUGGUUUCGGCCAUUCUGCCAGUGGCGACGCUGGGUGCCAGUGCUGUUCUCAACCAUCUCUCGACAACGUCCGCAGAAUCUCGGAUCCUCUCAACCUUUUUGACCAAGCUCAGGCCGCUAAAACAGCUACCCCUAGAAUGCGGCAUCCUCUACACGGCAGCUCGCCUUGCAAUUCUCGUCCUCGUAUUCACUUCUCUUAGGCGCGUCCCAGCUGGGGUCUACCAGGACACGCCGUGGACCCGGUUCCUGCCAACCUUCUCGUGA